UCCUGCCACUGAACCACCGACACUGACCGUGGACCAGGAGACACUAACGGUACAAAGCUCUUUUACUGAACAUUUAGGGACUACACGGGGAGCCUCCGCAUGCAGGCUCGUGCUUACGAAAGCUCGAGCUCCGUGGAUCUGACGCCGGGCAGACGGCGGGCUCGAGCGGGGGCGCUGCCCGGGGGUUGUUAGGUGUGGUUGCCUAGGAGACGCCAUGGACCAGUACAGCAUCUUGGGUCGGAUCGGAGAGGGCGCGCACGGCAUCGUGUUCAAAGCCAAACACAUCGAGACGGGGCAGACGGUGGCCAUGAAGAAGGUGGCUCUGCGGAGGUCUGAGGAGGGCAUCCCCAACCAGGCCCUUAGGGAGAUCAAAGCUCUGCAGGAGAUCCAGGACAACCCUUAUGUGGUCCGGUUGAAGGAGGUGUUUCCUCACGGUACUGGUUUUGUACUGGUCUUUGACUUCAUGCUGUCAGAUCUCUCUGAGGUCAUCAGGAACACCCAGCGACCUCUGACACAGUCCCAGGUCAAAGGGUACAUGAUGAUGCUGCUUAAGGGAGUGGCCUUCCUCCACCACAACAACAUCAUGCACAGGGACCUGAAGCCUGCCAACCUGCUGAUCAGUUCCUCCGGUCACCUGAAGAUCGCAGACUUCGGUCUGGCCCGACUCUUCUCCAGCCAGCAGCAGCGACUCUACAGCCACCAGGUGGCCACCAGGUGGUACAGAGCUCCAGAGUUGCUCUACGGCGCCAGGAAGUAUGACGAAGGCGUCGACCUCUGGGCGGUGGGCUGUGUCUUCGGGGAGCUGGUUAACUCCUCCCCUCUGUUCCCGGGGGAGAACGACAUCGAGCAGCUGUGCUGUGUGCUCAGGGUGCUGGGAACCCCCACACUGGAGACCUGGCCGGAGAUGGUGGAGCUGCCGGACUACAAUAAGAUCACCUUCAAGGAGAAUCCUGCCCUCCCAUUGGACGACCUGGUCCCUGACUCCUCCCCCCAGGCCGUCAGUCUGCUCAGCAGCUUCCUGGUCUACCCCCCCAAACAAAGGUGUCCUGCUGCAAAGGCGUUGCUCCACCCCUACUUCUUCACCCCUCCCCUCCCAGCCCACCACUCUGAGCUGCCCAUCCCCCCUCCCCCCCGCCAGCGCUCUCAGGCUCCGCCCACUCACUUCUCUGUUCACCUGCCCCUGGAGAACAGUCUGGUGGACCCUGUGCUGCUGCGACACCACGCCCCCUGUCUGUAGCAGCCAAUCACAGCUGAGCGCUGAUAUUAGACUUUGUGCAAAUAGUCUAUAUAUAUCUUAUAAAUUUGUUGAUGUAUACAUAAAAACAUGUGUGUUUUUAUAUAUAAAUUGUAUACAUAUUUAUAUAUUUUUGUUUUUAUAUAUACUGUAUAUAUGUGAGCUGAACUACUGUCAUAUGUUUUGGACUGUGUGAAAUGGACAAAAUAUUAAAAAUUGUAUGUU